AGCUUGCUUCUUUUCUUUCUGCCUGUCUUUAUUUCUUUUUCCCUCCCUCCGUCUGGACUCCACAGGCACUUGUGCUUGAGUUGGAAGCUGUUUGAAAACUAAGAUGGUUUAAUCCACUAACUGCAUGUUGGGUAAAUUCAAAACCCACAUGGUCGUCCUCUUGCAGUCGAAUAAGUCGCAUCUGAUGGACAUUUUCUCUGCUUAUAGCAUAGUAAUGAACGUCUGACAGGCGCGACCUUUCAUACGACAGCCCACAUUAUUGGCUUUGUGCCCAGAAUAUUGCUGCAAUACUAUUUGUGAUUGGUGGUUACCUCCCUAUCAUGAAUUGCUUCAGAAGGGGAAAACGGACCCCUUUUUAAUAAAUCUACGAUGGCUGGCUGCAAUACGCUCCACUGUUGGUACUAAAGAAGUGCCUUUCCUGACGUCUCUGCUGCUUGGAACCGCUUCUAGAGCAGUCUCUGCUUUUUGCCUUGCUUGCUGCCAGCUAGACUGCGACGACAGCACAUCCAACCCUCCACCUCUAGCCCAGCCACCCCCCCUCCUCAUUUCUACUUAUAACCAAGAGAAAUGCUCUAAGCAUCAGGCAUUGCACCUAGGCUGCUUUAGUUAUUCUCAUAGAAGUAAAAGUUUGCUGGAAAAGUGAGAUAUCUUCUGCCAGAAAAAAAAAUCAAAGAGAGGAGAUAUCAUUUCUCGAUUUGUUGCUCUAAACUGCUGCAUCUGUCUGUGCCAAACUAAUCAAUACCGAUUGCACCACACCAAAAAAAAAAUUCAAAUUCAGCUGUGUGGAGAUUACCUUUCAGACAACUUUUCCUGAGAGCAGCUUGGAAAAUCUGUGUCGAAGGGUCUGCCACGUUUUGCUGCUUGCAUUUUGGCACUCAGAAUGGGUUACUGAGAGCACAAGGCUAGUUCUAGGCCACACUUUUAAAUGCUCAUUUUAUUUGUGAUCUUAGCAUUUCUUUAAGUACAACCCCCCGACCCUCUUUUGAUUGACAUUUUCAUGCUGUGACUUUCUAGUGGGAAAUCUUUCCUUGCUGUUGUGACAACACAAUUUUACAUCUUCUUUUAACGUUGGGCUUGGGGCUUGGGGAAGUAUUUUGGAGGUGACAUUUUUCAUCAUUUCCAGUCUUAUCAGUUUGGCCUCUCUUUUUUGUCAUUACUCGUUUCAUUGACAAUUUUAACUACCUGUAAAAUCUAAACAUGGCUGUAAGUGUCACACCAAUCCGGGACACAAAAUGGCUAACACUGGAAGUGUGUCGAGAGUUCCAAAGAGGGACUUGCUCAAGACCAGAUACGGAAUGUAAAUUUGCACAUCCAUCGAAAAGCUGCCAAGUUGAAAAUGGACGAGUAAUCGCCUGCUUUGAUUCAUUGAAAGGGCGAUGCUCAAGGGAGAACUGCAAAUAUCUUCAUCCGCCGCCGCACUUAAAAACGCAGUUGGAAAUCAAUGGACGCAAUAACCUGAUUCAGCAGAAGAACAUGGCCAUGCUGGCCCAGCAGAUGCAACUAGCCAAUGCCAUGAUGCCUGGCGCACCAUUACAGCCAGUGAACCAUAUGCCUCAGACAUUCCAAAAAAGAGGGGGGGAGGGAUCUCCAUAUUUCAUCGACACUGAUUCCAUUUAUCAAUACCAAACAGUAAAGGUGAAUGCAGAAAAAUCUACAAGGACACAGGAUUUUCAAAAGCCGUAUCAUCUUUUACCAUUUGAGGACUACAUGUUUGCGUAUGGGAGAAUUGCAGAACAAAUGCAAGUUUACCAACCAAUGUUUUCAGUUGCACCAAGCUUAGCCACCAAUGCGUCAACAGCCUUUAAUCCCUACUUGGGGCCUGUCUCCCCUGGCUUAGUUCCAGCAGAGAUCCUGCCAACAGCACCCAUGCUGGUUGCAGGGAAUCCUGGCAUGCCGGUUCCUGCUGCUGCUGCGGCAGCAGCACAAAAGCUAAUGAGGACAGACAGACUCGAGGUAUGUCGAGAGUAUCAGCGUGGCAAUUGUAAUAGAGGAGAAAACGAUUGCCGGUUUGCUCACCCUGCCGACAGUGCAAUGAUUGAUACCAAUGACAACACAGUGACCGUCUGCAUGGAUUACAUCAAAGGGAGAUGCUCCAGGGAAAAGUGCAAAUAUUUUCACCCUCCUGCACACCUGCAAGCUAAGAUCAAAGCUGCCCAGUACCAGGUCAACCAAGCAGCAGCUGCUCAGGCAGCAGCUACUGCAGCCGCCAUGACUCAGUCGGCUGUCAAAUCACUGAAGCGACCCCUCGAGGCAACCUUUGACCUGGGAAUUCCUCAAGCUGUACUUCCCCCAUUACCAAAGAGGCCUGCGCUUGAAAAAACCAACGGUGCCACUGCAGUCUUUAAUACUGGUAUCUUCCAAUACCAGCAGGCUCUUGCAAACAUGCAGUUGCAACAGCAUACAGCCUUCCUCCCGCCAGGCUCAAUAUUGUGCAUGACACCCGCUACAAGUGUUGUUCCCAUGGUGCACGGCGCUACGCCAGCCACUGUAUCUGCAGCAACAACAUCUGCCACAAGCGUCCCCUUCGCUGCAACAGCCACAGCCAACCAGAUACCCAUAAUAUCUGCCGAACAUCUGACUAGCCACAAGUAUGUUACACAGAUGUAGACAUUUAAUCAUCGAACAAUCAUAUGAAAGAAAAGAGGACAGUGUGGUUGAAUGAAGAAACAAGACAGGUCAUUAGCCAUAAUGUAUAUACCGUCAAAUAACAGCACCCCAAAUCCCUCAGCAGUAAGAAAUCCACAUAUUGCAUGUUAACAAGAUGAAAUGACAACUUGGAAAUCCACUGCACACUGUUGCCUAUAUACUUUGUACAUUCAACUGAGAUUUGUGCUGGGGUGAUCAUAUUGUCUAAAGACUACAGCAUUGUCUAUCUUUUCUAGCACCCAGGUAUGCGAUGCGUACAGAACUGAAGUAUGCAUUGGUAGACUCUUUCCUACAUAAUCAUGUACGUCAUCUUGAAAAGACAGACUGUGAUGUAGCCAAUGAUCUAUUAUGUAUUGGUACGUCCGUAGACCAAGAUAUAAUUUUUUAAGUAAGUUUAUUUCUUUCAAGGUUUACAAAUAACAAAAGGUGCACCUUGUAUUUAAAAUUGCCAUUAUAGAUGAGAGCGUGCAUGCACAGUAUAAUUUUUUUCCUUUUUGUUCAAGAGUAAUAUUUUUAAAUGUAAUAGAUUGUAAGAAAUGGGAAAAGAGGUAUCUGACAGAGAUGAAUGUGCCAAGUUAAAAAAAAAAAAACCACAACUGUGUAUAUUUUUAAAGCACAUCAAUGGCUUUAAGUACCAUGUUGUUAAAGAUUCUCAUGAAGUGCCAUAGACUGUAAUCAAAGUAGAGUAUUAUUUCUACAGUGUUACUUUAAGAGCCACACUUUUUUGUUUUGCUUUUUUUGCUAAUAGCCAAUCAGUCAAAAGGCACCCUUCUGUUCCAAACCAAAGCUGUCUCAGAAAUGGCCAUUUUACCUUAGUUAACGGUAGACAGCACAAGGAAAAAACCCCGAGACAUACAGGUUAUUCUUACACAUACUGAAUAUAUAAAUCUAUAUAAAUUAUUAUAAUCCAUUGUAGUUGUAAUAGUUAUACAUACUAUAAUACAUAAUAUACUUGUUUUUAAAAAGGAAAAGCCAUUUCUGAGACACUGUUAGCAAAAUUUUUGAAGAAUUUCGUUUGCUUCAAUUUUUUAACCUCUGUCAAAAGUCCGAGUGACUCUAAACGCAUUGCAAGAGAAGGGUAUUUGCUUUCUGCUCACAUGCAUCAUGUCAAAGUCACACAUCAAAAAAAAAGUGACUCUAAUCAAAUAUGAGAUAGAAGCACUGACAUCAGAUGCAUGACAAAACCAAAACAUAAAGUGGAAAUGUAAUUAGAAUAGGCAUUGGGUGGGUCAAAUAUUAGAGUGAGUUUUAUAUAUGUGAUUUCUUCUGUUCAGAUUAACUGCUUAUAGCCUUAGAAAGCCUUUACAAAAAUGAAACAAAAAAAAUAGAUGUGCAUUCAAGUUUUUUAAGAAUGGAAUCAUCCAAAGGAAAUCCUUUUUGUGGUUUGGAUGUUGCAGCUAGAAAAGGAUAUAUUUUGCUCUGUUCAGCAAAGCUAGAGAUUGCUGAGGUGGGGGCCAGGUCACUGGUAGUAUAGCGUGGAAUGGGAGAAGUGAGAGUUCAGUUCUAGAACUUUCCAUACUUCCAAGUUUACUUGCAAGUUUUUAUGCCUGAGAGAUGCUUUCUAGUAAAAAAAAAAAAGAAUGAUGUGUUGAUUUUACUGAUUGUACUGUACAUCUAUUAAAGCCUUAGAAUAUUACAUUACGGGUUAAAACCCAUACCAAUGUAAUUUCAAUCGUGUUAAGAAAGUAUAGGUGACUUCACAUGUUAUUGUAGCUUACUUACAUUAGAGAGUACUACUUAUUUUUUCUGGUUAAAAUAGUAGUUUUUAUUUCUUACAUUUAUUAGAUUUUUUUCAUUUUCUAUUAUCAGAUGAAUGCCAUUUCAGUUUAUAGAAUUUUGUUUUAUUAGAUUUUAUGAAUGAAUUUUUCAAAAUAUGAAAAAAAUUAAAAGUUUUCUUUCCUUCAUAGCAUAUGCAGUUUUGAAUUUUACAUGUAGUGUCAUGAAUAUUCGUAUUAUUGUUAACUAAAUGAUUUAUAUUUUACUGAUUUAAUAUUACAAUGUAAGAAUAUCAGUCAUUGUUAGUUCUUGUCUAGUUUUCAUUAAAAGAACAAAGAUCUUUUAUAUGGAUAUCUUAUAUAAUCAUUGCUAAGUAAGAAGUUAAGUUGUUGCUAUUGCAACAAUCCUGGCAGACAACUGAGUAAUAUUUUGAGGAUUUAUUUUGUUUGUAAUUAAUUAUAAAGGAAAAUCUAGUUCCUAGAUAUUAGAAUAAAAUUUAUUUUCUACUGUAUCCAUUUCAAAUGUUAAAAUAUUGUUUAAAUAUUUUUUGAAAUCCCUGAAUAUCAGGCCUUGUUAUAAAUAAGCUGCAUAAUCAAUAGAUCAAGGGACUUUUUUUGUUGAUAAUCCAAAUACUCAAAAAAGUUUACGUAUAACAAGAAUUAUAAUAUGUGUGAAUGAGUGUGCAAACUCUUGAGGGUUGAUUAUGCUGCAGUUUAGCAUGUGGGAAAGUAUAAAGAGAAGAUUGACCUUUUGCACUUCUGUAUAUAGUAAAAAAAGGGAGAAAGAGAGAAAAACCUGUAUAAUAGUAAGAUCUUAUUUUGAAUAAAAAUGUCUAUAAAUACAAGGAGUUUUGUUAAGGCUAAUUAAAAAAAAAAUGACAGGCUGAGCAAAAUUGCUUGCAAAAAUGGCACAGAGUUCGCACUCCAUCCCCCUUGGAAAAAAGUUGCUUUGCUUUAUGUGAACAGCUUCUAGUUUGCCAGGAUUCUUUCAGCUGGUAAGAUUGGCCAUCCUUCCCAGUUCUCAUGGCUGACAAAAGCUGCAUUCGUCCAAAUCUGCCUGAAGAUCAAAACUAAAUAACAGGAGAGGAAAAAAAUAUUUUUUUAAGAAACAAUUUCAAACAAACCAGUACUUCAAACCAUUAAGGGGAAAUCAUGGAUCAAAUGUGUCACACAUUAUUCAAACCAACUACUGCAUGUUUUAAAGUAUCAAAAGAGCAAGAGAGAAAGAAAAAAUAUAUUAAAAGAUAUAUAUUCUAUUCAAAACAGUUUCUGAAAAUUUCAGUAGUUUUAUUAUUCACACAACACCCACACACACGCACACAGUCAAAAGAAAUGAUGACUUUCACAUAUACACAACAGAGAGAAGUUUUUUUUAUAAAACCAUCAACAGGCAAACCAAAACAGAACAUCAUAGCUGUAGUUGUUGCGUAGUUCUUUUCUUGCUGUAGUGUUCCUGUUCUUUUAGCAGGUGAAAAACAAGACCCUAUAAAAUUAACUAUUGAUAAGCUAAAACACUUGAGAAACCAUGUGAUAUAUGAAGCCAAAGUGAAGAGGGGAGGAGAAGGGGAAGACAAAUUUGAUCUAUAUUCUACCCGGCACCAACGAAUUAGUAAUGUUGCGCUUCCUUGCAACUUUGUAACUUUCAUCUGCUGAAAGGACAGAUGUGCUUGGUUUUUUAACUAUUAUGUAAUCACAGACUUAAAUUUGCUCGUAGUUGCUUCAAAUUAUGUACUCUGUCCUGGGCUGCAACUUGUUUUCAUGCUUAUUUUAUUAUUACUGCUAUAGUUGAUCUAGCUGUAUGGAAAAAAAAAUAAAGUUAAAUUGCCCUAA